ACAGCAUUUUUCCGCUUUUUCCUAAAUGACAACAUUAAUCAGGGUAUUUUUAUAGAAGGGGAGCUCUUGAUGUAGCAUUCUUCGGUGUAUUAAUUGAAUUGAAUUUAUCUUUCAGUGGAUUUUGAUCGAAUGUUUCUCAUCCUCGCCAGUGAUUUAUUGUGAAACAUCACGUGGACACAAUAUGAAACAUCGUCACAUCUGGCAACCCUCGAUUGAUGUCAGUUUCGUGGAACGCCAUUGGAUUUUUGGGAUUUUUCUGCACAAGAAAAGAUUGGUUUUCCGCGUGGAAAAUCACAACUGAAGCCGUUUCGUAAGUGAGAAUCGCGCACAAUGGCCGAGGGGAGCAAGAGUGACCUCGUGGACAUGAAGGCGGAGCCCUCAAGUCCCAGCGAGAAGCACUUCCAACUGCAACAUCACUCGCGGUGCAGCAGUUCCGGGAGUAUCCACACGCCAAACUCAUCGGCUCACAACACUGAUGACGAUGAUGACAGUGAUACAAACAGGAGCAACAGCUCACUGAGCUACAAGGAGAGGCGCCGGGAGGCGCACACGCAGGCGGAGCAGAAGCGCCGGGAUGCCAUUAAGAAGGGCUACGACACACUGCAGGAGCUCGUGCCCACGUGCCAGCAGCAGAACGAUGCGUCUGGUUACAAGCUGAGCAAGGCGGCUGUGCUGCAGAAGUCCAUCGACUACAUUAGUUACCUGCACCAGAAGAAGAAGAAGCAGGAGGAGGAGCGCGUGGCGCUGCAGAAGGACGUCAUUGGGCUGCGCAUCAUUCAGAGUGGAUACGAGCAGAUGCUGCAGAAUCAGCAAGCUUCGCCAGGACGCACAGAAGCGCGCCUCAGUGACGAGAUCAAAUUCCAAGUGUUCCAGGCCAUCAUGGACGAGAUGUUCCAGACCUUCGACACAAUCUCCAUGAAUGACUUCACAGAGCUGACGACGGGCGUGAUUCCGUGGCUCGAGGAGCACUGCAAACCGCAUCUCCUGCGCGACGUUGUGUCCAGGACGCUGCGGAACAUCAUCCCCAACGUGGCGCCGGGCAGCACACAGAAUUCUUCCAUGGAAAUGUAAUCUUGGGCAGCGUCGGGUGAGUGAGCACUGGUCGGAAGGGUGAAAUAUUGAGGGAAAUUGAAUGCCAAUUGAGUUGUUUAUCACAUUCAAUUCAUUGCGAGGUUGCCUUGUGAUUUUUCAAGAGUUGUUCAGUUAUGUAAGCUUAUCACUUGAAAAACUAAAGUGCGAUUACAUUUCUCAGCAGUUUUGCGAAAUUCUUAUCUCAGAAUCUCACUUGUGAUUUUGAGAUGGAAACCAAAUAUAGGGGAAAAGUGGGCAAUUUACGAUGUAAUUUUGAGAAUUUCAUUUGGUUCUUGCGCUUCUUGUGAAUAUUACACGAUUCACACAGACUUAUUGCGGAGCAAAUUCGAUAAAAUUACCCUAAAAACUUCGAGAAUUCGAUUGUAUAUUUUUCGUAUUUGAACUAAGCUGUAUGAUUAAAUAACUUGUUUAGGUAAACAUUUUGUCUAGAUGAUUUUGUUUGUAAUUGCAAAUCAUUUUAAGUAGUUUCAAGUAACAAAACUAAUCUGUAUGAAAGUUAGGCUCUAAAUGGGCAAUUGCAAUAUUAAAGACAUCACGGACGAAAUCUUAGCUUUAGCACAAUGUAAAUAUGUGAGCUUUAAACUAUGUUUUCUAGAUCUGUUUUAUGUCAUUACAUAUUUCUUUUAUUGCGACAUCAAUUGAUAAAAACUAUAUUUUUAGUCGCAUUGUCGAAACUUAAAGAAAUAAAGUAAUUUUUUUGUAUAAAAGUGUUGGAAAAUAUUUUAGACAUUUUUAUUAGUCUGCAGUGAAUAAAAUAAAUUAGCAUAACAGAAAGUAGUUUCACAGGUUUGAUGUCCAAACUGCUCCGCUCUCCCUUAUAAGAGAUUCCAAAAAACCUGUAUUCAAUGUAUGCAUAAUUAUGAAACAUGUUUAUUUAGAUUUAGACCUUUCGGCGACUGGUGCGCUCACAAAUUCUUUGUUAAUUGUUAUAAUUUUUUUAUAUUUUAUUUAAGAAUGGAUUUGGGGGUAGAUUUUGUAAAAUACACGUGUUUAAGAUCCAA